AUGGACAAAUACCUUCUAAUAGCUGCUUGCAUUUGCUUUAUAUUCUCAUUUUUACAAUCUUCAUGUAAUGCAGCUUCUUACAAUGUGGUUAGGUUUGGUGCUAGAGCUGAUGGUCGAACCGACUCAAGCCAGGCCUUCACAAGAGCUUGGAGAGCGGCCUGCGCAUCAUGGAGUUCGUCCACGGUUUACAUCCCUAAGGGCACCUUCAUGACUAGGCCCGUCGUGUUUAGUGGACCAUGCAGGAAUAGGAUCUUGUUUCAAAACAAUGGCAAACUUGUUGCACCACCAAAUUAUCAGGAUAUGGGGUACUCCGGGUUCUGGAUACUAUUCACUAAGGUUAAUAGGUUAACCGUUCGUGGAGGAACCAUUGAUGCCAGAGGUUCCAGAUUCUGGGCUUGUAGACGAUCUGGCAGUCGUUGCCCACCUGGAGUAAGAUCAAUAACAUUCAUGUGGUCAAACAAUGUGUUGGUUAGCGGGCUAAAGUCUUUGUACAGCCAACUCAUCCAUGUUGCCGUGAGCCGAUGCAACAACAUUAUUUUCCAACAUAUGAACAUUAUAGCCCCAAGCCGCAGCCCAAAUACAGAUGGUUUCAUUAUUCAAUCAUCUACUGGUGUUACCAUUAGGAACAGUCUAAUCAAGACUGGAGACGAUUGCAUUGCAAUUGGUCCUGGUUCUAAGAAUGUAUGGAUCGAGAAAAUAGCUUGUGGCCCUGGUCACGGUAUUAGCAUAGGUAGCCUGGGGAAUAGUUUUAAUGAAGCUGGCGUUCAAAAUGUAACAGUAUCGAAUGUUGUAUUUACCAAAACACAAAAUGGGGUGCGAAUUAAAUCAUGGGCUCGGGAUAGCAAGAGCUAUGCAACAAAUGUGGAGUUCAGGAACAUUAUAAUGAUUGCUGUCGACAAUCCAAUUAUCAUAGAUCAGAUUUAUUGCCCAAGUAACCGAUGCCCACGUGAGACGUCUGGAGUCGAAGUGAGCAAUGUAAGAUAUAGCAACAUAAGAGGGACAUCAACAACACCUGAAGCUGUGAAGUUCCAAUGCAGUGUGAGCAAUCCUUGCAGAGGUAUUCGGAUGCGUCAUAUCAGACUAACAACGCCAAAUCGAGUAACCACUUCAACCUGUGAAAAUGUGCAUGGUUCGGCUUCAGGCAUAUUAGUUCCCAGAAGCUGUUUCUGA